CCAACCCCAAGCCCAGCAACGCAACGCAAUCCAGUCUUAGUCUUAGUCUUCCUUCCUCUUUCCACCUUCAACCUCAAGGUCUCUCCCCACCAUCACGACGACGACGAAAGUCAUCAACACCACAUCCCCACCGAGGUUGACUACCCCCAGCGUGUGAGGACCUACAGCCCAACAUCAGCUGCCACCAUCGUCCUUCUCCCUCGCACUACCUCUCGUGCAGCCCUUUGCGGCCCUUUUCCCAGCUACCGCUCGCCCUUGAAGCAGGACCAGGUACGUACCGAAAUACCACCCACUCUAAUACUCCGACCACCAUACAUUCCCCCUUGAGAAUUCCUCGCGUCUCAACACCAAUACAAGAACACUACAGUCACUCGUGCCUUGAUCCACCGGGCUUUGCAAACUGCUGUUAUUCACCUUUGUUGGGUCGUUUGGGACGCGUGUUGGCACCACACCGCUUCGGCUUCGCUUUCAACUGUUCGCGUGGUCUUAGCCUAGCUUGACCCUCAUCCUCAACCACCACCGAAGAAACUUCCCAUACCACGCUAAUAUCUUCUCUCAACAACUCUAGUCCUCCAACUUCCUCCUCCCUCGUCCUCGCAUACGAUCUACUUGGUCGAUCGAUCAACACCACCACAAACCACACAAAUUCUCUCGUAUCGGGUGUCCGAUACCAGGAGUCCUUCGUCCAACCUCAAGAUGACUACUAUGGUGAAUCCACCCGCUUCCAAGUCGAAAGCCAAUCCUCUGGUUUAUACUCCCUUUCUUCAGCCUUCUAUGAGCACCUUCUGUUUACCUCUUCUGUAACGGUGCUCGGCUGCCAGAAGAGUCAUAACCUUGAUCCUCUUUCCCAGCCUUGUGCUCCCUCUUCUCUUCUUUCCAUAUCUCUAGGACCACCGCAUAUGCUUGGCCAAAAGAGUUGCAUCAUGCUAACGUGUAGUCAACAGGAUCUUCGCGUUGGUAACAAAUACCGUAUUGGUCGAAAGAUUGGUAGUGGUAGUUUCGGAGAUAUUUACCUCGGAACCAACAUCAUUUCCGGAGAGGAAAUCGCCAUCAAGCUCGAGAGUGUCAAGGCCAAGCACCCACAACUUGAGUAUGAAGCCCGCGUCUACAAGUCCCUGGCUGGAGGUGUCGGUAUUCCGUUUGUCCGCUGGUUCGGAACUGAGUGUGAUUACAAUGCCAUGGUCUUGGAUCUCCUUGGACCCAGUUUGGAGGAUCUUUUCAACUUUUGCAACCGCAAGUUCUCCUUGAAGACGGUCCUUCUUUUGGCAGAUCAGCUCAUUUCCCGUAUCGAGUACAUUCACGCCAAGUCCUUUAUCCACCGUGAUAUCAAGCCCGACAACUUCCUGAUGGGUAUUGGUAAGCGUGGUAACCAGGUUAAUGUCAUCGAUUUCGGUUUGGCCAAGAAGUACCGUGACCCCAAGACUCACUUCCACAUCCCAUAUCGUGAGAACAAGAACUUGACCGGUACUGCUCGUUAUGCUUCAAUCAACACCCAUUUGGGAGUCGGUAUGUUACCACUAAACUUCUCCAUGUCUAAAGCUAACUUUCAUAGAACAAUCCCGUCGUGAUGACAUGGAAUCUCUCGGAUAUGUGAUGCUCUACUUCUGUCGUGGAUCCCUCCCAUGGCAAGGACUGAAGGCUGCCACCAAGAAGCAAAAGUACGACCGUAUCAUGGAGAAGAAGAUGACUACCCCAACUGAAGUUCUUUGCCGUGGUUUCCCCAACGAGUUUGCCAUCUACCUCAACUACACUCGAUCCCUUCGUUUCGAUGACAAGCCGGACUACUCCUACCUCCGAAAGAUCUUCCGUGACCUCUUCGUCCGCGAGGGAUUCCAAUACGAUUACGUCUUCGACUGGACCGUUUACAAAUACCAAAAGAAUGCUCAGGCCAUUGCUCAAGCUGCCGGUCAACAACCAACUCAAGAUGAAGACGACAAGCCUCGUACCCGAACCAACCAAGCCACUGCCGGUGGAGCCGCCCCUCAACACACAUCCAGUGCUUCCAAGCCUGGUGCGAUCUCAGGAUCUCGCCGCAAGGUGAUUGAGCGCGGAGCCAGUGGUGGUGGUGUCGACACUCCGGAUACCAACCGUGCCGUUGGAGGAAGUGAUAGGAUGUGAGUUUCUUGCUAGUUCCGGUUCCUCCUUGUAAGGGAUUAUUUUUUUCCUCUUCGCGUUUAGUGUGCUUCGAUGACGCUGGCCGCGAGGAGAACAAUAUGCUGACUAGAUGGCUGACGCUAUAGUCUCCGAAAAUAGGCUGCGAUCUGCCUCGAAAGGUGCAGCAACCGGAACUGGAUACCCCUCUGGCGCAUACCGACCUGCGAAGCGAGAGGAUAAUCAGUGGUAUUGA